GACCGAGCGGCACCAUCCGGCACCGGAGGACGUGAGCGAUCGGAGAAACAGGGUUUCCCGGGAUUAUCCGAGUGAAUUACCGGAGGAACCGGCAGCGAGACCCGCUGAGCUGAUGUCUGAGGAGGCGGUGCGACAGACGCGCAGUCAGAAGCGUGCGCUAGAGAAGGACUCUCUCCCCGUGGACAGCAAGCGACUGAAGCGUGAUGAAGACGAAGAGCUGAUGAAGGCCUCCGUCAAACUGGAGCUCCGGGCGGGAGACGAGGCCGUGGGCGAGAGGAACACUGCGAUGAGGAGCGUGCGGUCCCCCUCUCCUGAUGAUGUCAUCGUGGUGUCCGACGAGGAUCCCAGUCCUCGGGUCGCUGGGAGCCGCUGCAGAGAACUGGUCCCGGAUCAGCUGAUGAGGAGUUCUGCAGAGGAGCGCGAGUGUGUCAUUAAUCAGCUUAAAGAGGAGCUUCGCUUAGAAGAGGCCAAACUCAUCCUGCUGAAGAAGAUCAGACACAGCCAAACACACCCCGACUCCAGCGGACAGAAGCCGGUGAUUUCAGUGUCUGCUGUUCUUCCUCCUCUGUUGAAGAGCUCAGCGACUGCUAAACCUGCACAACCUGUGGUUCCUGCUCGGCCUUCUGGGACUGUGGCCCCUCCUCCACUGGUGCGCAGUGGUCAUGUGACCAAACACACUCAGGUGAUCAUGCCAGCGCUGGUCAGAGGAGCUCAGUCUCUCUCAGUGACGCCACAGGGGCCUCCGGCACUCCUGCACUGCAGCGCUCAGGGACAGCGCCCCCUCCAGCCGGGCCUCGUCCGCACCGCCUCCGUCCCCAGCGCCAGCUUCCUGCUCAUCAACCAGCCCGCGGGGUCGAGCCUGCAGACGGCGAGCGGCGAGUGUGUGGCGUCGGUGAAGCUAGCGCUGCGCAAACAGCUGGAGAACGCUCUCCUGGAGAUCCCGCCGGCCAAACCCCCCGCGGCCCAGCUCACCUUCAUGCCCUCGGCCGCCAGCCUCCACUUCCUCUACCUACUGGGCCUGGAGGAGGUGGUGCAGUGUCUGCUGGAGUCUCUGGGCCCAGGUCAGCAGGGUGUGUCCGCUGGGCGAGGGGUCAGUGCCGAGCCCUCCUGCUGUCGUCAGUGUGAGACGGACUUCACCAGCCGCUGGUGUGAGGACGGGGGCGGAGCCGUCAUGUGUGAGCAGUGCCUGUCAGCCAAUCAGAAGCAGGCGCUGAAGACCCAGCACACCAAUCGGCUGAAGGCGGCGUUCGUGAAGGCUCUUCAACAGGAGCAGGAGAUCGAGCAGCGCAUCCAGAAGACCACAUCAUCAUCGUCUCACGGGGGGAAGAUGAGCCGCCCCCCCGCAGCCAUCAAACAGGUGUGUCCGUCGUCCCGUGGUCUGCCAGCGUCUGGGAUUCGCUCCAUCUCUUCUCCUUCUCCUCGACUACAGCCGGGUCAGCAUGCAGUGCGUCAGGGGUCAGAGGUCAUCAAGAGCCGUGACCCCACGACCUCUGGCUGGAGGAAGAGGAGCCGCGGAGCAGCAGCAGGUGUGACGAUGGCCUACAUGAAGCCCAGUUUGUCGGGACACAAGUCGUCGUCAGCGCUGGAGCGACACAGAGAGUUUCUGCUGGACAUGAUCCCAUCACACACCGUCUCACACACCGCAAACUCCUGGAAGUGAAGCUCGGGAUCAGUCUGGGGAUCAGGACGUGUGUGUGUGUGUGUGUGUGUUCACGAUUCAGGACGUGUGUGUGUCUGUUCACGCCAGAGCACCGAGACGCUUACACAGAGACGCUUAUUCAUCCAAGGGCUUUUCACUCUCGCAUCGCAUCUGAACAUCUGAACCGGAUCUGAUCUAAACCACAUCUG